GGCAAUGUGAGCUCAACGCGCUGCGGCACACAAAUACCAGGUUAUGAACACAAAUAUGUAGGAUAGCAGCUUGUGUAAAGAGAGGGACAACAGAAGAGAGCAGUGUUGCAUGUUUUUUAAAUGGGAAAUCUGUUGGGCAGCUGGCGUUUCAAGGAGCCGAGCACCGUUGAGGAAUGCGACUCGACGUGGGGGUCGGACUCCGAGGCGGACGAGCCGGCCGGCUGGCUGGAGAUGACAGGCGGCGUGUCGGGCUCCGUCAGCCCGGCGGACAGCGAGCGGGCCGCCGGAGAGCCCGGGGAGAGGUCCCCGCAGCUUACAGAUUCUCCAGAUUCCGUUCCAAAGAUGAAGAGGAGUUUCUACGCUGCCAGGGACCUCUACAAAUACCGUCACAGCUACCCGAACUACCGAAAGUCACGGCAACCCAAUGAGUACCGUAACCUGCGCUUCUACUUGAACAAGAUCCCUCUAGUGCCUGAUGGUAUCUACAUAGAGGAGAUUCUGACCAAGUGGAGAGGCGACUAUGACAAACUGGAGCACAAUCACACCUACAUUCAGUGGCUGUUUCCAUUGAGAGAACAAGGGCUCAACUUCUACGCACAUGAACUGACUCAGGAAGAGAUCAAAGUAAUUCCAAGCACUCGGGAAGCCAAGCGGAGGUUCCUGGCAGCGUAUUCCCUCAUGCUGGAUUUCUACGGCAUCAAACUGCUGGAUAAGAGUGGGAAUGUUGCUCGGGGCCCCAACUGGAAGGAGCGCUUCCAGCACCUUAAUGAGUCCCAGCACAACUACCUGCGGAUCACUCGCAUCCUCAAGUCCCUGGGCGAGCUGGGCUACGAGGCGUUCAAGGCCCCCCUGGUUCACCUGUUCCUGGAGGAGUCUCUGAGCCACAACACUCUUCCCAGCAUGCAGCACAGCGUCCUGGAGUACUUCGUGUACACCAUCCGUCUGCCGGCCACCCGCAGGCGCCUGCUCCGCUACGCCCGCAAGCACUACCGCCCCCCCCACGGCUUUAUGUGGGGGCCGCCGCCUAAAAAGAGAGGCGGGGGAGGGAGCACGGGGGCCGGGAGCAGCGGGAUCAGAGCGCCCGCUCCCACGCCAGAGCAACAGAGGAGGGGGGAGGAGAUGUCCCCGUCAGCAGGGAGCAGGAUUAUUGUGUCUUCCCAUGAUGCCGUGGUGUACCAGGAGGGGGCCGGGGGGGGGGCUGAAGGGCGCCCCUCUAACAUGGCCGGACUAGAGGGGGCGCUGAUGAUGGCGGGGGCCCGAGGGGAGAGGAACGAGUACAAUGACAUCGUUCCUCUGUAGGUCUGAUUGGUAGCUGUCUUUAAAAUGACCCGCUUCAGUUGUUAGGUAGGGGAGAGAAUUUCAUUUUUAACGCCAGAAUGUUUUUAUUAGCAGUAGAUAUUACGCUUCUGGACUUAAAAUGAAGACGGUAUUAGUGAACACAUUCACAGAGUCUGACGAAGGUGUUAUUAGAAUACAUUCAGGUUAAGGGCUUAUCAUAAACUAUUGUCAUGUCUUCACAGAUACAUCUAUUCAAGUGUUCUAAAUAUGGGGGUGGGGACUGAUAUGUUAGUGGAUGGGGGAACAAUCCCAGAACCUUCCAAACCAGUAGAGCGGCACGAUCUGAGAAAAAUGACUAGUGAACAUUUCAACAGAUUUAUUUGAGAAGAUCUGGAUCUAACAAGGACUUUGUAGUAUACCGUCUGCUGCUGCUUAAACUUCAUUCAGAUAUUUUAGCAUAUUUUGACUUUAUUAUGUAUGUUAUUCCAUUUGUUGUUAAUUGUGCUGCCCAGUAGACACCCACAUGAUUGUCCUGAGGCUUUUUCUAACCAGGACUGUGAUUACAUUACAUUGGACAGAAUGUUGCCUUAUUGAA